AUGAAGAAGAACAAAAAAGGUGAGAGUAGUAGAGUAUCUGGAGAGGAGAAUGACCAGGACCAGGACCAGGAGGAGUUGACCAAGGUACAAGUAUUGAAAUGUACAAACUUCAACAAAGCCAAUUCAUCAGUCAACAAGAUGACACCAGAGUUCCUCCUCCCACCUGCAAUCACCGAUCCCAAGGAGCAGAAUAGUCCUUUGAUGAAUAGCCUUCAAGUCAAGAACCUGAUCCAAACCUACUUGAUCAGUGAAGUUAUCAAGCUACAUGUUAUCUGCUUUGUUAUCCGUAUGGGAGAUUGUAUUGAUGACAUCAACAAUGACUUUACCAAGGCCAUGAGUAUGAUGUUCAACAUGAUUGGUCAGAGUGAUAUACUCAAGGUGAUCAUUGUCCGUGAUGCCGAACACUUCUCAUACGAUCAGAGAACUCACUUUGAGAACAUCAUGAGGAACAAACAUACUAAACUGGCCGAGAUGAUAAGUCAAGAGAAUAUUCAAAUUGUAUUCAUGGAUUCUGUCAACACCGAGAGAUACAAUGGCACCACCUCAGACCUUGAGGUUGAUCUAAACUCCAAGAGACAAUCCAGAAAUCACUUGAUCCAAUUAUUGAAUCAAGCAGAGUCUGCUAAGUGA